UGGUGUUGGAAGUUGGAAGGAAACCCACCAGAUAUAUGCAUGACACAAAAGACACUAACAAGUUAGGCAUGGAUGUGUAUUGAAGAACUUCAGAAGCCAAAAACAAUGCACUGGAUCAAUAUUUAGAAUAUAUCGGAACUACUCUUGGAAGCGGAUUUUUUGUUCGUUUGUUUUAGCAGGACUGCUUUGUCUGCCUCGGUUCUCAGUGCUUCAAAUGUUUCUGAACUCUUUACUUGUGGUCAUAACUGACCUAGCGGCUGCACUGCUGGGCAGUGUGCUAUUUCGCCGCCAUUUCCAUUUGUUUCUGUCAGCCGUGGUCAUGUUUGGACCCUUGAUGAACUUAUGGGUCUCACACUAUAGUAUUUUUGCAAAGAGGAGCCAUUACCUUUACAGAGUUUUUCUGCGAUCAGGCUGGGGUUGGACCUGCAUCUUUGUAGGCUCUUUCGUCUUCCUCCUGUCUUUAUCUGUCCGGCGCUCCUUAACACUCACACUACGGCAUCUCUCACGGCUGGCUGUAGCAGGCGGGCUGUGGAUGGGUUUCUGUAAGCUGCUUAACUUGCUGGAGAAUGCCACAGGGAGUUGCUAUGAACCCCUCAGUGGAGCUCAUGAGCAUGCUGUAGCAGCUAAUGAAGAAGGGCAGCCUUUAUUGUUGUUACGAGAGGGUGAGACGAAGGCUGUUUGCAUAAGCUCUGGCAUGUUAUGGCGGGGGUAUGAGGUCUCUGAGGACAUCUUUCUGCUUUCUUUUUGUUGCCUGCUGUUGGCUGAGGAGAUGGCUGUGUUUGGGCCCUAUCUGAACCUGGGUGGGAUCUCUGGAGCACCUCUGCGCAUUCUGUUCUUAUUCUGUGUCCUGUUGCUGAGCCUCUGGUUGUUUCUACUUUUCUGCCUACUUGCAUAUUUUCCUCAAUUCCCAAAUCAGCUCUUGGGAGGAGCUCUGGGGUGCCUGAGCUGGAGGGCAACCUACCAGGGCUGGUACCAUAUGGGACCAAGCUGGUACUGCCCUGGAAGACCUGGGGUGGGUCUUCUGACAACAUAG